GGAGCCCUGGCAGGUGCUUAGGUGCAGCCAGUGCAGUGUGAGGAGGGGGCAGCAAGUCAGGCUGGCAAUGAAGGGACAUCUCUCCACUCUGGUGCUGUGGCUUCUUCUCCUUACAAUUCGGGACAUAGCAGGUGCUGACGAGCUGAGGCUGGUGAAUGGAGGCAGCCCCUGUGCCGGGAGAGUGGAGGUUAAACACCAGGAUCAGUGGGGGACGGUGUGUGAUACCAACUGGGACAUGGAAGAUGCUGAGGUGGUUUGUAAGCAGCUGGGAUAUGGAGCUGCUGUCAGUGCCCCUGGCCUGGCUCAUUUUGGACCAGGAUAUGGACCAAUUUGGCUGGAUAACGUUGCCUGUCAUGGUAUCGAGUCUGCUCUCUGGCACUGCGGGAACGAGGGAUGGGGUCAGAGUGACUGCGGUCAUGGAGAGGAUGCUGGAGUGACCUGUUCAGGGUACACAGGGUUCCAGCUGGUGAACGGCAGCAUAGCGUGCUCAGGGAGGGUGGAGAUCCAGGUUCUUGGUGCCUGGGGAACCCUCUGUGACUCACGCUGGGAUUUACUGGACGCCAACGUUCUCUGUCAUCAGCUCGACUGUGGGUUCGCUGUAUCGGCUCCGGGAGGAGGGUAUUUUGGGAAGGGAAAUGGCUCUGUCUGGACAGACACAUUUCACUGCAAAGGGACUGAAACCCAUUUGGGCCAUUGCCCUGUUACUGCCCUGGGGGCCUCUCAGUGCUCACAUGACAAUGAUGCCAGUGUGAUUUGCUCAGGUCGCUCUGAAUCACUCAGACUGCUGAUUGGAGAGAGCCGGUGCGAUGGGAGAGUUGAGAUUUCCCUCCGUGGUGUGUGGAGCAGAGUGCUGGAUGACCAGUGGGACAUGGACGAUGCCAGUGUGGUGUGCAGGGAGCUCCAGUGCGGAGUCGCUGAGAAAGCUUAUAACCCCCCUAAGUCUGAGAGAGGAACGGGCCCUGUGGGGCUGAGAAGGGUCCAGUGUGCAGGAAACGAGAGUAAUUUGACGCUCUGCAUCAUCUCCACAUCUGAGGCAGAGCAGGCAGGAAUUGCUGAGGAUGUUGGCGUCGUUUGUUCAG